ACAGAAUAUUAAAUUAUACUCCGCUCAAGAGAACUCUGCACUUUGCACUUUGGUUAAAGUUCCAUUUAGAUUUAAAUCUCUAAACUUUUCUUGAGAAAUUAAGUUCUAUUUGAUUUCCUCUUUUCUGAAUUGCAGAAAUCAGGUAAAACUACUUGACAAAAAUGACUUCUUGUCAUGUUACUGAAGAUCCUAUAAAAAAGGUUGCUAUCUUUGGAGGAACUCAUGGCAAUGAGUUAACAGGAGUAUUUCUAGUUAAGCGCUGGCUGGAGAAUGGCACUGAGAUUCAGAGAACAGGGCUGGAGGUAAAACCAUUUAUUACCAACCCAAGAGCAGUGAAGAAGUGUACCAGAUAUAUUGACUGUGACCUGAAUCGAGUUUUUGACCCUGAAAAUCUUGGCAAAAAAAUGUCAAAGGAUUUGCCAUAUGAAGUGAGAAGGGCUCAAGAAAUCAAUCAUUUAUUUGGUCCAAAAGACAAUGAAUAUUCCUAUGACAUUAUUUUUGACCUUCACAACACUACUUCUAACAUGGGGUGCACUCUUAUUCUUGAAGAUUCCAGGAAUGACUUUUUAAUUCAGAUGUGUCAUUAUAUUAAGACUUCUUUGGCUCCAUUACCCUGCUAUGUUUAUCUUAUUGAGCAUCCUUCCCUCAAAUAUGCGACCACUCGUUCUAUAGCCAAGUAUCCUGUUGGUGUAGAAGUUGGUCCCCAGCCUCAAGGAGUUCUGAGAGCCGAUAUUUUGGAUCAAAUGAGAAAAAUGAUCAAACAUGCUCUUGAUUUUAUACAUAAUUUCAAUGAAGGAGAAGAAUUCCCCCCCUGUGCUAUUGAAGUCUAUAAAAUAAUGGAGAAAGUUGAUUAUCCUAGGAAUGAAAAUGGAGAUAUUGCCGCUAUUAUCCACCCUGAACUGCAGGAUCAAGACUGGAAACCGCUGCACCCCGGGGAUCCUGUGUUUUUAACUCUUGAUGGAAAGAUUAUUCCGUUGGGCGGAGGCAGUACUGUGUACCCAGUGUUUGUAAACGAGGCCGCGUAUUAUGAAAAGAAAGAAGCUUUUGCAAAGGCAACCAAACUAACACUCAACGCAAGAAGUAUUCGCUCCUCGUUACCUUAAGAAUCACUUCUAGCCCACCUGUGACACAGUAUCUUGACAAACUCCACUAGGUUGUAAGCUCUUGAAGGGCAGGGCUGUGGCUUCUUCGACUUCAUAUCCUAGUACCUAGUCCAGUGCCUUACCACAGUGGGCAUUCAGGCAAAUUUUUGAAUGAAUGAAUAAAUUAAUGCGUAUCUUCUCAAAGUAUCAUAGUGGACACGUAGCUUAUUCAAAGAAGUGCAUUUCUUAUUUCUGUAUAACUUUUUAUAUAUUAUACUUUGAGAGUUUAACAUUCUUAACAAACAGCCUUUAAAUUCAAAUUUCAAAACUGAAAUGGAUAUUAUACCUUAAAAGUUAUUAACUUGAGCCUAGAAUUAAAUGUGUUUUCAAGUAAUGUAUAAAUGCUACUCGAAACUCA